AUGGCAUUGGCAGACGAAGCAAGGCGCGUGGCCGCCGAGUUCACCUUCACCCCCGACGAUGUGCGCCGCUCCACCAAGGAGUUCAUCAGGCAGAUGGAGGAGGGCCUCCAGAAGAACGGCACCGACCUGAGCCAGAUCCCCACCUACGUCACUUCUGUGCCCAAUGGCACCGAGAAGGGCCUGUACAUGGCUGUCGACCUCGGCGGCACCAACUUCCGUGUUUGCUCGAUCCAGCUGCACGGCAACAGCACCUUCACACUCACCCAGUCCAAAGUCGCCAUCCCGCGCGAGCUGAUGGUCGCCAAGACGGCCAAGGAGCUCUUCUCCUUCCUCGCCAAGCAGAUUGAGCUCUUCCUGAAGGCUCACCACAACGAGCACUACCAGGGCCACAUCCGCAGGCGCAAGACGAUCUCGCUGGCAGAGGGAUACCGCGAUGAGGAGAUCUUCAACCUGGGCUUCACCUUCUCCUUCCCCGUCCACCAGAUUGGCAUCAACAAGGGCAUUCUCAUGCGCUGGACCAAGGGAUUCGACAUCGCCGACGCGGUGGGCAAGGACGUGUGCGCGCUGCUCCAGGCCGAGAUCGAUGAGCUCCGCCUGCCUGUUCGCGUCGCGGCGCUGGUCAACGACACCGUAGGCACGCUCAUGGCCCGCUCGUACACUUCUCCCGGCAAGACUGGCACCCUGCUGGGCGCCAUCUUCGGCACCGGCACCAACGGCGCAUACGUUGAGAAGCUGGAGAAGGUGACGAAGCUGACCGAUGACGCCGAGGCCGUGUACGACAAGUCUGCGGGCGACAUGAUCGUCAACACCGAGUGGGGUUCGUUCGACAACAGCAUGAACGUGCUGCCCCGGACGCCGUACGACGACGAGCUGGACAAGACGAGCAACAAUCCGGGCAUCCAGAUGUUCGAGAAGCGCGUGUCGGGCAUGUUCCUGGGCGAGAUUCUGCGCCUGGCGCUGGUCGGACUGAUCAAGAACAAGAACGUGCCGCUGUUCAAGGACGACAACUCGUCGAGCAACGACAUGCACAGCACGACCAACAUCUCGCCCAGCUCGAGCAUCUUCAAGCAGUGGGGCAUCGACACGUCGUUCCUCAGCAUCACCGAGGCCGACACCAGCCCCGGCCUACGCAUCACGCGCCAGACGCUCGACAAGGACUACGGCAUCAGUGCCGCGUCGGCCGAGGACGCAGAGGCCGUCAAGGUCAUCGCCCAGGCCAUCGGCAAGCGCGCCGCCCGCCUGUCGGCCGUCGCCAUGGCCGCCAUCAUCAUCAAGACCGGCCGUCUCAGCGACGACGUCAUCGACAUCGGCGUCGACGGCUCGCUCGUCGAGUUCUACCCUGGCUUCGAAGACUACAUGCGCGAGGCCCUGCGCGAGGUCCCCGAGAUCGGCGAGAAGGGCGAGAAGAAGAUCCGCAUCGGCAUUGCCAAGGAUGGCAGUGGUGUCGGUGCCGCCCUGAUCGCGUUGGUGGCCGGUAAGGUGGACAAGCCUGAGACCAUCGAUGAGUCGGACUAG